GGGAAACGAGGGCCUGGGGGUCGCGUAAGCCCGACCGCCCGGCCAGAUUGGAGCUGGAGUAAAGGUGGAGACAAAGUCCCGUAGGCAGAGGCGGGACGGGGCUGUGAGGGAGGCGGAUCCGGGGGAGGGGGUCAUUUGGAACCGCGCUCUACGCCCCCCUCCCCCGUCCUCGCCUCCCCCUUUCGCUGAUCUGACUGAAGGAGAAGAGAAAAAGGAGAGGGGCAGGGAAUCCCCGCUUCUUGCAAAGGGGGGCGCCGGUUGGUUGUCGGUGCUGGUGUUUCAGGCAAAGCAAGGCAAGAGGAGCGUAUUUCGGCGCCGCCAACACCUCCAGGAGCAGCCGCCGCCGCCGCCGCCUCCCCAUUGCCGGGAGAUGGUGGCAUAUGAAGCGCGCUGGAAGGACCAUGGUUGAAAGGAACAGCAAGUUCCUGCUGAUCGUGGCGGGCUCGGUGUGCUUCAUGCUUAUCCUGUACCAGUAUGUGGGGCCGGGGCUGAGUCUGGGCUCGCCGAGCGGCCGCUCUUACCAGGAUGAGCUGGACCUCUUCCCCACUCCGGACCCGCACUACGUCAAGAAGUACUACUUCCCCGUGCGGGAGUUGGAGCGCCAGCUGGCCUUCGACAUGAAGGGAGACGACGUGAUCGUCUUCCUGCACAUCCAGAAGACGGGCGGCACCACCUUCGGCCGCCACCUGGUGCAGAACGUGCGCCUCGAGGUGCCCUGCGACUGCCGGCCCGGGCAGAAGAAAUGCACCUGCUACCGGCCCAACCGCCGGGAGACCUGGCUCUUCUCGCGCUUCUCCACGGGCUGGAGCUGCGGGCUGCACGCCGACUGGACCGAGCUCACCAACUGCGUGCCGGGCGUCUUGGACAAGCGAGAGAGCGCCGCGGUCAAACCUCCCAGGAAGUUUUAUUACAUCACUCUGCUGAGGGAUCCUGUGUCCCGUUACCUCAGUGAAUGGAGGCAUGUCCAACGAGGAGCUACCUGGAAAACAUCCUUGCAUAUGUGUGAUGGCCGGACGCCAACCCCUGAAGAGCUGCCAUCAUGCUAUGAAGGCACAGACUGGUCAGGCUGUACUCUUCAGGAGUUCAUGGAUUGCCCAUAUAACUUAGCUAACAAUCGCCAAGUGAGGAUGUUGGCUGAUCUGAGCUUGGUAGGCUGCUAUAAUAUGUCUUUCAUACCAGAAAACAAGCGAGCACAGAUACUGCUGGAAAGUGCCAAGAAAAAUCUCAGAGACAUGGCCUUUUUUGGCUUGACGGAAUUCCAGAGAAAAACACAGUAUUUGUUUGAGAGAACUUUCAAUCUAAAAUUCAUCAGGCCAUUCAUGCAGUAUAAUAGCACAAGAGCAGGUGGAGUGGAGGUGGACAGCAAGACCAUACGGAGGAUUGAAGAACUUAAUGACUUGGACAUGCAGCUGUACGACUAUGCAAAAGACCUCUUCCAACAGCGAUAUCAGUACAAGAGGCAGCUGGAGAGGAUGGAGCAGAGAAUAAAGAAUCGGGAAGAAAGGCUUCUUCACCGAUCGAAUGAAGCACUUCCCAGGGAAGAGACCGAAGAACAAGGACGGUUGCCUACAGAGGACUACAUGAGCCAUAUUAUAGAGAAGUGGUAGCAUUGAAAGAAUUUUAUACGGAGAACAAGAUAUUAAUGUUUCCAUUAUAAAAGAACAUGGAAUUUAAAAAAAACUUAUUUAAAACAGUCUGUAAAACAGAAAGUAGAAUGCUUCUUUAAACAAAGGGUCUUUUUACUGUUUCUUACAAGACCAAUGGGGUUCUUAAUAAAACAAAAUAAAAUAAUAAAAAAGAGUCCUAGUGAGCUCAGAGUUUAAAAUGCACAAGUGUAAUCCCCUAGAUCUGAGGCCAAAUAUCACAUCAUAUUUCAUCUCCUAGAGGCAGAUCUAGACAUCAUAGAUAGCAGCUUUGUAACCACUCUUCUCCUUCGGCAAUGGCAAAUGAGCUUCAAAAGAAUCAAUGUUUUCCUCCCUUGUCUAUGUGAGAUGUUCAGUGGUGAAUGUCAUCGUAAUGGCAGUGAACCUGCCAGACAAUGACUUGAUCCCAGAUUCAGCUGCUUGACUUCAGAUUGAAAUCAUGGCUAAAACAAAGGCAGAAUAUAACCACAGGAAUCAAACUAAAAGGAAAUUAAAAAGUAGAGAAUGAGAAACAUUCAAGCAAACAGAUUACAAGCCUGGACUACAAAUUGGGGACUGAAGUUUGGAUUACAUGGCACUGGUGUUUUGCAUGUAUACACUCACACUCAUACACUCUACAUUAUUCAAACAACUGGUGAAUGUGUGCGUGCAUUUUCUCAGCCUUUGUUAAAGAAACAAACCCCACGUAAAAUCAGUUGUAAGCAAUCUCAUCAAAAGUGGUAAAAAAAAUCUUUUCCUAAAGAAAGACUGGCUGUGUACCACUCAAACAAAUUUAAAAGAAUAUGAUCAACUGAGGCCAACAUAUCCCAUACAAACUCUAAAUUAUCAUUUGGUUGUUCUUCUGCUCAUGCUGGAAAAUAUUCUUUCCUUUCCUUGGAUGUUGAUUUAAUAAGACACAGUUAUUAUUCAAAGUGAUUGUUUGUUAUUUGGCAUUACAUAUUGUCCAUUACUGUAGAGUGAGUGCUCUACAAUACAAAUUAGAUUGUUUUAAGUCCUGGGUCAGAUGCGGCUAACUUAAACAUUUAAUGAAGUACUUUAGCUCCACUGAUCGAUGUCAGGGAGAUUUGGAUGGAACUAAUUUUCACUGGAUCACACCUACUAAUUAUGGGAGUGCUGAUGUUGAAUUUAAGAGACAGCGUUGCAUUAGCACAUGGCAGUGCUUGGCUGAUAUAGUCUGGGGUCAGAACCCAAGGAGGGUCAGGACUUAGGGGUGGGAUAAUAUUAGGAAAUACUAGGGCUUUAAGCUACAUGGGAAUGUUGAAAAAAAUAUCCCAGAAGGCACUUCCAUACCAUUGCCAAAAAUAAUCCUGCAUGGAUGUGUCCAUUAAGUCAUUAGCUUGACUUGAAGGAGACUUGUCUGACUUGCUUUCUUAUUUUUGAGCAAACAGGAGCACUUGUAUGGCUGGAAGUGCUUGACUGUUCUCACUUCAGGCUCUGAUUUUAUCAGCCUUAUACUUACUAAGGAUUAAAAAAAAAAAAAUCUCAAUCCCAUACCAUUUUUUCCCUUUGGAGAGCAUCCAGUUAUCAUUUACUGUCUCUCCAAAAACCGAUGUUUUCUUUAUUUUCUAAACAUAUUUAUGAGUUGGUCUAAGUGAGAGGAAUGAAGCAAAACCAAAUUGUGUGUGUCAUCCUCACUUAUUGUUCCUGUUCUCUAGACUAUGAAUAGCUAAAUCGUAGACAAUAUCUGACUAUGUGGGCAAUCAGCUGAUUCUCAAAGAGUGGGCUCACUCUGCAUCAUAGACGCUAGUAGAUUUGUUCCAUGUGGUUUUCAGCACAAGAAAGUAUGGAAGUUCCUUCUGGUUCUGUAUCUGAAUACUCUGCCCCACAGUCCUCGAUCUGUACCUCAUGUCCUAAGAUUUGGCAUUCAUGCUGAGGAGACAACCUAAUUAAGUGACCCAUUAAAUAUGCCUGCCUUGCUAUUUCUAAGUAUCCUUCACAGGACAGUAAGAAUUAUUUAGAAUGAUAACAGAAGGAAGACCUGAUUGAAACAUAGCCAUACCCAUCUAGUUCAGUGUUUAGCACAAAUAACAAGGGACUACUAAUGAUCUACAUCCGGAAAGAUACGGCAGUUCUUAAAUACAAAUAUCUAGAAGCUCAGUCAGUGCAAAGUUUUUCUGCUGUAUUUGAAAAAGCCCUUAUUCACAGCUCAUCAAAACUAUAAGUGUUUGAAAUUUAAAGAUGGAAAACUCUCACAAUAGUAUUAAUAUAAUUGGGGUGAGGUGGGAGGGCUCUAUAUUUAUAUCCCUAAAUUAGUCUGCUAAUUCUGUGGAAAAUGUUGAAUUUUUGUAACAAAAGAGAAAAAAACCUUUUAAAAUUAUCUUUGCCUGCAAAACAUCUGCAGCUUUUGACAUGCAGAAUCUGGAGCUUUACCCAAAGUGUUUCUACUGUGUUCAUCACUCUGGUUCUAUAAUAUAAAAAUGGGCUGCAACGACUAAUCAAUAUGCAUGGUGUGAACAGUAGAGAGCCUGUUCUAUUAUGCUUUGUACAAUAAAUACAAGUUUCCAGGGCCAAAAUAAGCUUCCUCAUAGUGUGUGGGCAAAGAUAAAAGCAAACUAGUUUUGUUGUGUCUAAAUUUAAUUUCCACAACAACUGGAUAAGAAACCUUAAUGGAUCUGCCUGUGAUAGUAGGCUUUCUCCAACAUUUUCUUUGUUUGAUGCUUUUAUAAGUACAAGCUAAAGAAAUAAAAAGUACUGAAUAUUAUUGUCAGCUUCAGCACCAAAGUGAGUGGGUGUGUGGUCAUUUUGUGCUUAGAUCACAAUAAAAUAGUUUCUUGCAGGAGGGGGAAAUGUCAAUUUCAGGGCCCACCACAAUGCCACAACAAUUCAGAUCUCUUCCCUGAAUGUUGCUAAGUUGUUAAACUGUUACAAAGACAUGUACAGAUAAAUGGUUCAAAAUCAUUUGGACUGAAGCAACUAAGUUGGACAGAAAGAACUGAAACUACAAAAGGCAGAGAAGCUAUGACUGAGUGUAAGAAGUAAAGGAAGCCAGCCCAGGAUUUUUAAAUUAUUAUAAGGACUGAAAAGAAACAGGUAGAUGGAACGUUGCUCUGACGCCAAAUGUGACUGUUCAGAAGAAUUCAUUAAUAUCACAGGAAUACAUUCCAUUGCAAUUUAUAUUGUGUAUUACUUGGUGCGUCACCAGAUGUUUCAAGAGCAGGCGGAUGGUACUGUAAAAGAAAAACCCAUGCCCAGUUUAAAAUCCUUUGUCUAUAGCAGGACACAUUUUUGGUAGCUCCUGUUCUGUCUUUUCAACCUCCAUGUCGUCUCCUGAACUUUCCUUAACUCUGACAGGAGCAGUUUAUCAUGUCAGCAGCGCUGGCGCUGGGGGAGUCUUGAAAACGUUUCCUGUAGCCAUUUCAAAUCCGCAUGCUUCCUUAGUCAGAUGAACCGCUACAGUGGAAAUGUCAUAAACAUUUCCAGAGCACGCAUCCUUCCCCCAGCACUCCCUAGUGUUCUAGGACAGUGGCUUUGGACUUUCAGCAAAGGAGAAUUUUGCAGUGCAAGCCAACAUGUUAACUGCGAUCUGCACUGAAGUUAGUUAAGAAACGGUUUUCCAUGGAAGCCACCUGAAAUGAGGGCUGAAUGCGGAUUUGUGGAAUAGUUCUGAGGCCAUAAGCCAGCUAAGUAUUUUUCACAUAGCACAAUAUAUUAGAUUGCUCGUCAGUUUGUUAUGACCAGAAGAUCCUUUCCAGAAACAAAUAUAAUUAACAAGGCUUCCAAGCUUGGAGUAUACUGGCUGCAGUUUUCCCUAAUGAUAUUUCUUAACAGAGAGUUGAGAGAAGAGUAUGAAUUAACCAGUUUGAAUGAUGAAGGUUCCCUCUGUUGUUUUGGGACUCUGUUGUGGUGUCUACACUUAGUCUUGUGUUCUUAUAGGAAAUUAGCUCCUAGUUGUGACAAUGAAAAGAACCAAUUUCAGAAGCAUAUACCUGCAUGAAUACCAGUUGCUGGGGAAAAAUAGGGGUUGAAAACUAUUGACUUCGAGCCUUAUAUGUUUUCUAGAAUUAUCUAGCUCAAGUGCUGGCUAGGGAAUUCUGGGAAUUGAAGUCCAUACAUCUUAAACUUGCUGAGGUUGAGAAACACUGAGCUAGUUU